AUGCCUCCGAAAUAUUUUGGCCCCUGUUCAAUACACGAUUGUAAUAAUGAUACAACUAAGUUUUGCAAACUUACUCCUAUUGCAUAUGAGAAAGCUAAAAAAAAAGGAACUUUUGAACAAUUUCAAUACUUAAAAGUAGAACCUACACAAGCAGAUGAAAGUAGUUCUGAAGACAAAAUGGAACUAAAAAGUGAAGCAGAAGUACACAAUAACUUUGUGAAUGCACUUAAGGCAGUGUUUCAUUGGUAA